ACUUCCUAGCAGCGCUCACUUCCUCCUCAGUUGAACUUGUUCUGUCACUUUCCUCCAACAUGUUGAAGCUGUGUGCGGCUCUGAGGCCGGCGGGUCUGCUGCAGAGAGCCGCUGCUGCUGCUGCUGCGCCUCGUGCGCGACUCUCAACCGGCCCCCAGCAGCAACACGGCACCUUCUACGAGUUCCGCACCUACUGCAUCCGGCCCGACCAGAACGCCGCCUUCCUCAAACUGACCAACGAGAAGGUCCACCUGCGCACCGCACACUCCAAGCUGAUUGGCUACUGGAGCGUGGAGUACGGCGGCCUCAACCAGGUGUUUCAUAUCUGGAAGUAUGACAGUUACUCCCAGCGGGCUGGCGUGCGGGCCGCCCUGUCCCAGGACGCCCAGUGGAUCAGCGAGUACAUCUCCAAGGCCAUGCCCAUGCUGACGUCCCAGGACAACGAGGUGGUCUACCUGGUUCCCUGGAGCCAAAUCAAGCCACCGCCACAGGAGGGAGGAGUGUAUGAGCUGGUUUCCUUCCAGAUGCGUCCCGGCGGUCCGGCCGUUUGGGGCGAGGCCUUCCGGGCUGCCGUCAGCUCCCAUGAUGCCCCGGGGUACGGCAGCCUGGUGGGCGUGUUCCACAGCGAGGUCGGCCAUCUGAACCGAGUCCACGCUCUCUGGUGGUACGAGAGUCCCGACCAGCGAGCCGCCGUGCGACACAAAUCUCACAGCGACGCCCGGGUCGUCGCCGCCGUCAGAGAAAGUGUUUCCUUCCUGGAGUCUCAGAGCAACAAGCUCAUGUUCCCGUGUCUUUUCUCUCCGCUCAAGUAACAAACUGACCAGAGGAGCGAGGCCUGGACGCCGCCAUCAGCCAGACACACACACACACAGAGAACACACACACACACACACACUGCUGAGAGACACUACAGCUUCAGUAACGAGCUCGUUAGGGUCAGAGUUCAUUCUCAGGCUCAGCUAACGGGCUCAGUUUAGCAUGUUAGCAUGUUAGCAUCAUUCAGCUAACAGCCACACUACCCUCCACGCCUCACGAACAAAAAAUAACAAAAACGUCACUCGUCACCUCUGCUGCCUCCAGGUGGCGUCGCCUGCGAGCUGCUGUGUGUUUCAGCAGGUUAGAUCAGAGUCAAACUGUUUGCUGCUGGGUGUCCAUACAGCUGACUCAGCAUUAAUCCCAGUUUUCAGGUGUUUUUUUCUUCUCCACUAAACCACAACACUUUAUUCUGUAACGACCAAACAGCCACGGCUACAGAGGAGCAUCAGGACCACACACACGUUUAAAAAACAAACUGAAUCCUGAGGUUAAUCUCAGGAUUAUGAGGGGAAAAAAGUCAGAAUUGUGACUUUAAUCUCUGAAUUGGGAGAUUAUGGCUAAUUUAGAAUUCUGAUUUCCUGUCAAAAUCCUGCCCUUUUUCUGCCUCUGUAAUCUGACUUGUUUAAAAACAUUUUGUGCGGUCCUAAUCCUGUAAACGGUGCCGUGACGAUUCCAGUUCUGUGAUCCUGCUGUUGAAGUCUGACCUCUGAGCCUCGGGGUCAAAGGUCAGACUCAGGACGGACCUGCUGAUGUGCCGUUAGCACCUGAACACUUUAACACUUCACUGCACUAGAGAAGGACUUCCUGUUACUGAGUGAAACACGUGGUUUUACUGCUUAGAACGAUCAAAACAACAACAACAACAACAACAACAACAACAACAACAUGCAUGAUGACUGUGUGAGGCGUUCAGGGCCGAGUCCGUUCUCCCUGUGAGGAUCAAACUGAGCUCCUCCUGCUCUGAAAACACAUCGUCUACCUGCAGCGAUCAUUACCUGCUCUAACUGUAUUAAUAAUGAGAAUGUGAGUAAUUGUUUACAUAUUAAUGAUUUCCUAAUUAAUCUCCAUCAUUCCAUGUUAACCUUUCCCCCCAAGAUAAGUGAUCAUGUUUACACCACGCAGAGAAAUGUCUGACAUCUUUAUUAAAAAAAUGAACUGUGAUAAAGAAAUAAAUGAAUUAG